GAUCCCAAUCGGACGGCCCUACAACCGCCCCUGACCAUCCAAAGAGCGGCGGAACCCACCGGCGGCCUCCUCCUCCUCCCUGCAAAACCGCUGUUCGGAAAAGCGUCCCCCCUCCCCCCUUUUCCUCCCAGGCGACGCGAAUGGAGAAGGGCUCCGGCGCCGCCGCAGGAAGCAGCGCGCGGCCACCGCCGAUGCCGCAGCUGGACGAGUUCCCGUUCGAGGGGAAGAAGCCCGUCAAGAACCCCUUCGUCCCCAUCGGUGCAUUGGUCACUGCGGGUGUCCUGACAGCUGGCCUGGUCAGCUUCCGGUACGGGAAUUCUCGGCUGGGUCAGAAGCUGAUGAGGGCCCGUGUGGUUGCUCAAGGCGUUACGGUUGCUCUGAUGGUCGGCAGCGCGUACUACUAUGGUGACCAAAUCAAGCUGUUCAAGAAAGGGUCUAGCCCAUGAACUUGACUGGAUAGUGGUUGUGGAGUACGGAAUGGCAUAUCUUAUGUACUUAAGUUUCACCUGGGGCUCUGCUGUUCGAUCGCCUCCCGGUCCUGGGGAUUAACUAUUGUCAUUCACGCUUGGCAUGUGGUUUCUAACUAGAAGUAAUUUUGGCUCAAUCUCCAGGCUUAAGAAUAAAUAUUUUUCUUCGUUGA